GUGGUGCUGCUGGGCGCGGUGGAGAGCUACCGCGUGGGCGGUUUGGAGGGGUUCCAGGAGGUGGAGGAUCCGAUCUAUCCGGGCGGCGCGUUCGACCCGCUGGGGCUGGCGGACGAUCCCGACGCGGCGGCGGAGCUGAAGGUGAAGAGCUCAAGAACGGCCGCCUCGCGCAGGUGUCGGCGCUGGGCUUCUUCGUGCAGGCCAUCGUGACGGGCAAGGGGCCCCUCGAGAACCUCGCGGACCACCUCGCGGACCCCACUGCCAACAACGCGUGGGCGUACGCGCAGAACUUUGUGCCCGGCGCUUAG